AUGGAUGAGUUUUCCCCGCCCUUUUAUCCCACCCAGACCUUCUGUGUUCUGAGAAUGGCUUUCGUGACUUCCUCCUCUGCUGCCUCCAUCCUGUCCCUGACGCUGGUGGCCUUUGACAGGCACUUGGCCAUCAGGCAGCCUUUCCAUUACUUCCGGCUGAUGACGGGCCUGCGGGUUGGAGUGCGCUUGGUGGGACUCUGGCUGCUUGCUGCCAUCAUUGGCUUCCUCCCAGUCCUCGCCCCAAGCCUUCAGCAGACCUCCACCUCCACCAUUGACAAGUGCUCCUUCUUCGGAGUCUUCCAGCCAAGAUACAUGCUCACUGUCUUUUGCAUCGGCUUCUUCCCAGCACUCUUUCUUUUCAUAUACCUCUACUGCGACAUGCUGAAAAUUGCAGCCAUGCAUGUGCAGCACAUUCGGGAGGUGGAGCACGCAGGGCUGGCAGGGAGCUGCCCCCCAUCCCGCGCCACUAAUGACAUGAAAGCCAUGCGCACUGUGGCUGUGCUCACUGGGUGCUUCACGCUGUCCUGGUUGCCGUUCUUUAUCGCCAGCAUCGUGCAGACCAUGUGCCUGGAGUGCUUCCCCUACAAAGUCAUUGAGAACUACCUCUGGCUGCUGGGACUGGGUAAUUCCCUCCUGAAUCCCCUGCUCUACUCCUACUGGCAGAAGGACGUGCGGCUGCAGCUCUCCCAGCUGGCUGCCAGUGUGAAGAGGAGAGUCCUCCUUCGCCUGGGGAAUGGCUCCGGUUUCCCCAGCAGAAGCACUAAGUCCCUCCCCACCGUGUCCUGCUUGCGGCUCCAGGACUGA